CUAAGGUAGCAGGCAGCCAUUUCUACCUAGUAGUAACUACCACUACCGAGCUUGCAGCUCCAUGAGAGUCGCGCUUUAACCUUCUAGGUCUAGGCGGCCUUUGCAGUGUUCUAGAGAUAUUAUAAUAAUAAGAGCAAUAUCCAAACCAUAUACUCAGAGUCCCUCCCUCUCAUUUCACUAUGAUGUCUUCCACGGAGCCUGGCCUGUAUCCUCGGAUUUUGCGCAUUCCCAGGUCUGACGUUCCUGAAUCGUAUGUACUGGCUCAUAUUACUCGCAUAAGAUCGACUCCUUUGGACCUGAAUAUCACUGCCACCGAAGGGGAGAACCCAUAUACUGGUACCGUACGUCAAUCAUCUCUAAAAGGACUCCGUGCCAAAAAUUACCAGGGCGACGAUGAGGAAUGGGUGCAAAUUGUGUCGCAUGUCUUUGGUCAACUGGAAGAGUCUGCCGAGAAGGUUGGUUCGCUGUAUGGCAUCGAAUCAUCGGCUAGUAUUAUCGAUGCCAAUGAUGACGACGACAAGGAACUAGUAAUUACUAUUCGGAAAAGGGUCCAGAACAUAACUCAAAGACUUGGUUCCGUGACCCUCAAACAAAAUGAUCAGCAAGCUAUCCAGCUCUUUGACUGGUCAGGGAUCAUUGCAGUCAGGGCGAAGACCCUCGAACAGCGUUUCACUUCUUUGCUUGCUCACUACCGCAGCGCCGAGGACACAAUAAAACAACUCAACAAACAGCUCGAGGAGUUUGUCUCUGCCAGAGUUCAGCACGAAGAAGAGCUGAUCGUUAAUUUCGUCCAAAUAUUGAACCAAAAAAAACUCAAGAUCCGCAAUCAGCAACGCUUGCUGUCUUCUGCAAAAGUAGACCAUGAAAAAGUCUCUGAGAUCCAGGAUGCAACGUCAGAUCAGCACCUCCGACUGUCCAGAAAUAAUCGGGCUUCGAAGCGUACCGCCGGGGAAAUGACUGACGAUGAGUCCGAGAGUGAAGAUGGAUUCGAAAAAAUGGAACUCGACAAAGCGGUGGGCUUCAGCAAUACUGAGGAGGGCAAUGAAACGGACGAUAGCCAAACCUCAACACCUCAGCCUUUAGAAGCGGGCGAUAGUGCCAUUGAUGAAGGGUCUCUCGUACCCUCUGUUCCAGCUAGCAGUGGAGAUGAAUGGCAUAAAUUGGAACAUAGAAGACCGACCAAUCGCCCUGUAAUGAAGGAACCAGUUCCCCCACCUCCACGAAGGGAGCUUCCAUUUACCAGGAAAGCGCAGACUGCUGUUGAAGAACAAAAAGCACAGACACUUCGGCAACGGGAUACUGCAGAGCAAACUGGGGGUGAGACAGAUGAUGAUGAGUUAUGAUUCGCAUUAGUAUUUGGUCACCAGUGGUAUCAUUGGUUUUAACGUCCUUUAAAUGUACUUGGUUUAUUGCGCAAAUGCUACUUUUGUUGAAAUUCAUAUUCUACAUAGUUCGUCGUGCUAUAUAUAAUGGUCAACCGACAUCCUCGCAUUGUGAAUCGUCCUUAGUUCUUCAAUGUUUCACCCACAGGCUUGGUAUGUUAAUGGACUUUUGAGAAUCAAAGUACCUA